AAUUUGCCUCUCCGCAGAUUGAUAUCGAUAAUAGUAUCUGCUAUUGUUCGUCGUAUUUUCCAAUAUCUCGGUUCAGUUUAUGAUUGUAUAAUGGCUAUUACUUGUCGCCGCAUAUAAUCGCCACUUUGGGCGAAAACUUCACCGCCCCUACCUACAUAUACAUGCUGGAGUCUGCAGCGUACGUGGCAUGGCUACACAAUCUCCCCCUACGGGAGACCAGGUUUUGGUAAAAUCGGGGAUUAUCCCUGUUCCAGAGCUAAAAGGAGCUUCUCCAGUUGCAAAACCAACAGACAUGGACGACACGGAGAAGAAAAGCCCGCUGGGUGACGCUCCUGGGCCAUUACACCUCAAUUAUGACAUUCCCACCACUAGCGGAAGGGGCGAUGAUGAUGGUAUUGGGCGAGAGCAGCCAAUAGGUGCUGAUAUCCAGAACGGCAGUGAAGGCGACUUGGGUGAUGAAGCUCUCGAAGAGGAGUCGUUGGAAGCCAGAAUCGAGCGGCUCGGUCGUGAGCGACCCCAAGAAUUCAAGUCCCUCUGGGCUGAAAUCGGUUUUGUUUUCUCAAUUUCCAUGUCCCAGGUGCUCAGUGAAUACUUCGUCUCGGGAUUCACCGUCGUUCUCCCGACCGUGGUUGUGGAGCUAAACAUCCCCAAAGCAUCCAGCAUCUGGCCUGCAUCAGCCUUUUCCCUGGCCAUUGCGGCAUUCCUGUUGGUGUUUGGCCGUCUCGGGGACAUGUAUGGCGGCUACCCAUUAUACGUCGGUGGCAUGGCUUGGCUGGCCCUCUGGAGCUUGGUCUGUGGAUUCUCUAAGAAUGCGAUAAUGUUAGACGUUUGCCGUGCCCUGCAAGGUUUGGGAUCGGCAGCAUUUUUACCAAGCAGUAUGAUGUUGAUAGGAAGCAUUUACAGACCAGGGCCGAGGAAAAACCUUGUAUUUUCUAUUUAUGGAGCUUGCGCGCCGAUAGGAUUCUUUACUGGCAUCUUUUUUGCAGGUAUUGCUGGGCAGUAUACCACAUGGGGCUGGUUCUUCUGGAUUGGCAUGCUCCUCACGCUCAUCACCACGGCCACCUCAUAUUUUUAUAUUCCCUCCGACACCAAAGACCGCCGAGCGUUAGGUAUCAAAAUGGACUGGCUAGGCGCAAUUUUGAUAGUUACCGGCCUAACUCUAUUUACCUUCGCCAUAAUAGAUUCGUCGCAUGCACCCCCGGGGUGGAGAACGCCUUACAUCUAUGUUCUCUUCGUCGUCGGCUGUCUCCUACUCCUCACUGCAGUCUAUGUCGAAGGGUACGUUGCUGCUGACCCUCUAAUCCCGGUAUCCAUAUUCAAAGUGCGCUACAUGACACCUCUCUUCUGCGCGCUCUUCUUCACUUACGGGUCGCUGGGUGUACUUCUACUCUUCGCAACAUUUUACAUGCAAGCUAUCAUGGGCGCCUCUCCUCUCCUCGUCGUUGCCUGGUACACGCCAAUGGCUCUUGGCGGUAUCUGCAUCUCCACAUUCGGAGGCUUCAUCCUGCAUCUCCUAUCCGGAACGGUGCUCAUCUACGUGGCCGGCGUCGCCUGGAUCCUCGCACCGCUAAUGUUUGCCAUCGCACCUAAUGGGGCCAAUUACUGGGCCUACGUCUUCCCCAGCAUGAUCUUUGCUACGAUGGGCAUCGAUAUCACCUUCAAUGUAGCGAACAUCUUCAUCACCACUAGUUUACCCAAGAAAGAGCAAGGUCUGGCCGGCGCUUUGAUUAUGCUGGUUCUACAUCUUAGCAUCUCGGUUUGUCUUGGGUUGGCAGAUAUCGUGAAUAUUUCGACUCUGGCUAAACUUGGACAAAAGAAGAGCUACCAGGCAGUAUUCUGGUUCGAAGUCGCCUGUGCGUCGACUGCGCUGCUGAUUUUGGUACUGUUCGUGCGUGUGAAGAAGGCCGAGAGUUCUUUGACUGUCGAUGAGAUGGCAGAGAUGGAGGAGGUAGCACAGCGAGAAGCUGAGGCACGUGGCGAGACAAUGAAGCUGAGUGCGACGAGAUCAGCUACGGCGAACCCUACUGGACAUACUUGAGGCUCUAAGGCGCCUCCAAUCUACAGAAGCUAUCAGACCUUACACGUAAGGAGUUGGAUACGUCACGACGAAACCUCAUCGUCUCAAAUAUUAUUAUGUAUCAUCUCAUGGACCUCAUCUAUUAUAC